AUGUUGUGGCUUUAUGCUCUGAUACACUGUUGUAGUGUUGUCACUAACCGUGGGUUGCUUACUGGUUGUUUCACCAAUAAUACACGGAGGCAAGGAUGCAGUACAAGUCGAUCUUUUUUACUGCCCGCUCAGUCAACAUCUCCCCGACUCUCAAUACAGACAGACCACACAUCGUGCGGGGAGCAGCUGCUGAAUUUCAGGCGCCCGGAGAAGAUCAUCAUCGGAGUGAUGCUGGCCGUCAUCACAGCGGUCACGGUGAUGGGAAACACGCUGGUCGUAAUUGCGGUGUGCGUGGUGAAGAAAUUACGGCAGCCUUCAAACUACCUCCUGGUGUCUUUAGCCGUGGCCGACUUGUCCGUGGCCAUAGUGGUGAUGCCAUUUGUUAUAGUGACUGACCUCACCGGGGGCAAGUGGCUUUUUGGCGAGGUCUUUUGCAACAUAUUCAUCGGCAUGGAUGUAAUGUGCUGCACGGCGUCCAUCAUGACCCUCUGUGUGAUCAGCGUGGACAGGUAUCUGGGCAUCACACGGCCCCUAACCUACCCAGCACGACAAAAUGGUCAGCUCAUGGCAAAGAUGAUCUUGGGUGUGUGGUUGGUGUCAGCAUCCAUCACUUUGCCCCCCUUCUGUGGCUGGGCCAAAAACGUCCACACGGCCGGCGUGUGCCUCAUCAGCCAAGACAUUGGCUACACCAUCUAUUCCACAGCCGUAGCCUUCUACAUCCCUAUGCUGGUAAUGCUGUUCAUGUAUUACAAAAUCUUCCGGGCAGCCCGCAAAAGUGGUGCCAAACACCGCUUCACUGACCUUUCUCGCCGGGAGCGCCUGGAAACGGUGACCAAUGAGGCGCUACGAAUGCAAGGCCUAAAGCCUCCUGGUGUGGCAGAGGAGUGUGCCGCCUUGUCCCGACUGCUGAACCGUGAAAGGAGAAACAUCUCCAUUUUCAAACGAGAGCAGAAAGCGGCCACAACACUGGGGGUUAUUGUGGGGGUCUUCACUGUGUGCUGGCUCCCAUUCUUCAUUCUCUCCACUGCGAGGCCCUUCAUCUGUGGGGUCGUGUGCAGCUGUGUGCCCAUCUGGUUGGAGCGCACGCUGCUCUGGUUAGGUUAUGCCAACUCCCUAAUGAACCCCUUCAUCUAUGCCUUCUUCAAUCGAGACCUACGCUCCACUUAUCGUGACCUUCUACGCUGCAGAUACCGAAACAUCAACCGCCGUCUGUCAGCGGUGGGCGUGCACGAAGCCCUCAAGGUCUAAAGAGGU